AAUACUGGUGCGCAAACCAAUCGUCUGACUAGCGAUGGUAUCAGCAGUCUUUUAAUGCACCUUUUGACUGCUUCUGAACUGGUUUCGAGCGAAUCAAAUGAAGCGGUCUCGCUCACUCCCAGUCUGGACGUCGGCCUCGACGUAGACGAUGUGGAAGUUGAGGAGAGUGAAGUAGACGCAGAAGCUGAGGUAGAUGAGGAUGGGGAAGUUGCUACCGCUGUUUCUACCACAUCUGGAAUGGAUCUAAGUAUCCUCAUUGAAACUGGUCAAGAAAAUCAGAAUCGUGCCUUCAGGACUACGGCUCUCGAUUCAAGCUUAAAUGCCCCCACCGGGCCCUCUGCUCAUUCAACUUCUUCAUCAACUUUAAAUACCCUCGCUCUCUCUUCUUCCAGACGCAGACAUUUGCCGAUUCGCACUCGACUCGGUCCUCCCGCCCACCGAACGGCAUCUGGCCUCCGAUCUUCCGCUGCGCGAUCUUGCCUGACUUCCUCUGUCGCCACCGGAUCUGUUUCAGGCACCUCGGCUCAGGCUUCUAGUGUAGUCGCCUCUACAGGGGCAGCAUCGAGAUCGGAUCCAGUCGCUACAUCUGACCGUACAACAGAAAGCUUACAUAGGGCCUCAGUUUUAACUUCUGUACUUGCUAGAGCCAUUGAUAGAGAAAGUUGGUUUAAUACUUCGCCUGGUUCGCUUGCACAAAGCACCUCCUGCGACUUCGCUGAUUCCAAUAUCGGAUCCUCGCCAAGCCUACUUUUGGGCGAUACCUCAAGGCCUCCAGCCACUGGUCUUUCUUCCACUCGAACAGCUCUCCUUAGCAGGGGUCUGGCCGCGGCGAUUGCAGCUGCCUCUACCUCUACUGCUUCUGGAGCGUCUUCCAGAGAUGGCGUUUUAUCCGACAAUGGAUCGGGCUCAUUUGAGUCCUUAGCCAAUUCUUUGACGGUUAAAUCACCCAUAUCAGGCUCUACAUACAAUUUAGACUCUGUAAUCACGGCUCCUGUCUCUGUUACUCAAGGUCUAGGGUCAAGUCCUCGACCUCUGCGCACUUCGGGCCUUACUCUGGACGAACUAAAAGCAUCAAUUGAUACUGCCCGUCAAGAGGAUAGUUGGGCCGGGCUCAUGCGAUUGAUUAGCUCGGUGUUCGGUUCCUUUGAGGCAUUGGCAAACAGCUUCCUUCUAUCACCAGAGUCAUUGGAGGAUGCCACUCAGCGAAACGAAGGCGAUAUAGAGAUUGAUGCUGCGGUGGAAUCGAGUCCGAGCAAGUCGAAAGUAGGUUCCACUUCCAGCCUUCAGAUGGUAAUUCACGAUCCGGAUGAUAGUAGUGUAUUCCGGCAGGUACGAUGGACUGAAGGAUUGUCUGGCGUAACUCAAAGGCACGGCGGAGAGGUGGGUAGCUCAAAGGGAAUCAAACAUGAACCUGAGGAGGGCACUACCACACAGCAUCUAGCCAAGCGUACUUCGUCUACCCUUUUCGUUUCAAGAACUGACAGUAAAGCACCAGAUUGUACCGGUACUUUAUUUAUUUCAUCGUAUGCUGCCUUUAUAUUUUAA